CUUUGACAGCGGGCUAGCUUAGCUUCACUUCACCCCACCGCCGACUGACCUCCGCUCCAAAAAUGGCUGGUGUUCGAGCCUUUGGUGUUCUCUCCAGAUUCACAUCAAGGAGAUACGCUCUCUUCACAGGCGGCUCCUCUCGCACCUUCUCAGUAGCUCCUGCAAUGCCAGCUCAAACCCAUGUGAGCUAUGAAGUCAAGGGCGAUGUUGCUGUCAUACGGAUCAACGACCCAAACUCUAAGGUAAACACGCUGUCGAUCCAAAUGCAAAAGGAGAUGGCGGAGGUAUUGGGUGAAGUGUGGGCCAACGAUGCUGUUAAAAGUGCUGUCCUCAUCUCCUCAAAGCCGGGAUGCUUCAUUGCAGGAGCUGAUAUUAAUAUGAUCCAGGCCUGUAACAGCGCAGAGGAGGUCACCAGACUUUCACAGGAAGGGCAGAAGAUGUUCGAGCGCAUCGAAAAAUCCCCAAAGCCCAUCGUUGCUGCCAUUAACGGCUCUUGCUUAGGAGGAGGCUUGGAGUUUGCCCUCGCUUGCCAGUACAGAAUUGCAACAAAAAGUAAGAAAACGGUCCUCGGUACUCCUGAAGUAAUGCUGGGUCUUCUACCUGGAGCAGGCGGUACUCAGAGACUCCCCAAAAUGGUUGGUCUGCCCAGUGCCUUUGACAUGAUGCUCACAGGAAGAAAUAUUCGAGCAGAUAAAGCCAAGAAGAUGGGGCUCGUAAACCAGCUGGUAGACCCCUUGGGACCCGGGCUGAAGAGUCCAGAGGAGAGAACGAUAGAUUACCUGGAGGAAGUUGCCAUUGAAUAUGCCCGAGGGAUCGUCAAUAAGAAGAUCGCUAUCCGCAAAGAGAAAGGGAGGAUGGAGAAACUACAAGACUACGUUAUGAGCUUCCCGUUUGUCCGGAACCAGAUUUACAAAACCGUCCACAGUAAAGUUAUGAAGCAGAGCAAAGGGCUUUAUCCAGCACCGCUGAAAAUAAUCGAAUGUAUAAAGACUGGAGUUGAGCAAGGCCCGGUCGCUGGGUACUUAGCUGAGUCUCGGAAUUUUGGUCUGUUGGCGAGAACCUCCGAAUCGGGAGCCCUGAUUGGUCUCUACCACGGUCAAGUCGCGUGCAAGAAGAACCACUAUGGAGUUCCUCAGAGAGAAGUGAAGACUCUGGCCAUCUUGGGAGCAGGUCUGAUGGGGGCAGGUGUCGCGCAGGUGACGGUGGGCAAAGGUGUGCACACGGUCCUGAAGGACACCACUGUGUCUGGACUGGCCAGGGGAGAGCAGCAGGUUUACAAAGGGCUCAACGACAAGACCAAAAAGAGGAACAUCACGUCCUUCGAGAGGGACGCCAUCCUGUCCAGCCUGACCGGCCAGCUGGACUACAGCGGCUUUGAGAAGGUGGACAUGGUUAUCGAGGCGGUGUUCGAAGACAUCCACAUCAAGCACGCCGUCCUGAAGGAGGUGGAGGCGGUGGUUUCCCCUCACUGCAUCUUUGCCAGCAACACGUCCGCUCUGCCCAUCAAGGACAUCGCCGCCGCCAGCAAGAGGCCAGACAAGGUUAUCGGGAUGCACUACUUCUCUCCAGUGGACAAGAUGCAGCUCCUGGAAAUCAUCACCACGGAUCAGACAUCAAAGGACACGACGGCCUCCGCCGUGGCGGUCGGCCUGAAGCAGGGCAAAGUCAUCAUCGUCGUGGGGGACGGACCCGGUUUUUACACGACGAGGUGUUUGGCUCCCAUGUUGGCUGAAGCAGUACGAGUACUUCAGGAAGGAGUUGGCCCCAAGAAGCUGGACGACCUCACCACGAGCUUCGGGUUCCCGGUGGGCGCCGCCACGUUGGCCGAUGAGGUCGGCAUCGACGUCGCCGCCCACGUCGCCGAGGACCUCGGCAAAGCUUUCGGCUCCCGCUUCGGUGGAGGGAACGUGGAGGUGCUGAAGACCAUGGUGGACAUGGGCUUCAAAGGUCGCAAAUCCGGAAAGGGUUGCUACAUCUAUCAGCCCGGCCUCAAGACCAAAGAAGUGAACCCUGAUCUCGGAGAUGUGCUUGAGAAAUUCAGGAUGACACCAAAUCCUGCCGUUUCAUCCGACUCCGAUGUGCAGUACCGGCUCGUGUCCCGGUUCGUCAACGAGGCCGUGCUGUGUCUGCAGGAGGGCAUCCUGAAGAACCCUCUGGAGGGAGACAUCGGGGCCGUGUUCGGGCUGGGAUUCCCUCCCUGCCUUGGAGGACCUUUCCGUUUCGUGGACUCCUUUGGCGCCGACCAGCUGGUGGAGAAGAUGAGGCGGUUUGAGGCGGUCUACGGGAACCAGUUCACGCCGUGCCAGCUCCUCCUCGACCACGCCAAGGAUCCCAGCAAGAGAUUCCACAAGUGAACGCCUCGCCGCGCGUGUGCCAGUAGCGUUUAAUGGUCUGCCGUUGGAAUGUGUGCCUGACGGUUAUAUCAUGAGUGGGUGCAAAGCUAAUUAAAAUACACUUGUGUUGCCUGUUUAUUAGGUACACCGAGGUAACACUGAUGCAGUCUAACACAGCAGUCCUAAGCCUCCACGAUACAGAACAUUAUACGAUUUACUGCAGGACUGUUGUGCCAAUGGUUUUAGCUAGUGUGCCUAAUAAAUUGGAAACAUUGGGUGGAUUUAAUUUGUAUUAACAUUGAUUUACUUGAUGGUUAUGUAAAGAUGGAGAAGCAGGCGGGAGGUUAAUUAUUCACACAUUCGCCGAUUUGUAAAGAGACUGGAGGGUUAAAGAAUUAAAAAAUAUUUCUGUCAAAUUAAUUCUCCCGUAAUUAAUUUUAGUUUGUUGUACAUUUAAAAAAAGAUGUUCUGGCCUCGUUUGGAACAAUAUUGUAAAUGUGAAGCCUAAAUAAAAAAAUUCUUAUUCAAUCAAA